AUGCCCGCAAAAGAGAAAAAAACACGUAGAACAGAGGAAACCGAAGAGGAGGAGGAUGACGACGCGGAGGAAAAGCAACCCAAGCCGAAAAAGAAAAGCAAGGACAGCGGCAGAGAUUCGGGUGAGAAGAAAAGACGCAGAAACUCAGAGGAGACGGAAUCAGACAGUGAUGUCCCUGACGUGAGAAAAAGCAAGAAAAGGGGCGAGAGUAAGAAAGAAGGAAAGAAAAAGAGCAAAAAACCAAAAGAUAAAGAUGAAGAGGACGAGGAGGUAAAGAGCAGCAAAUCCGAGAGCGGAGAUGAAAGCAACAAUAACGACGUGAAGACCAAAUCCAAGAAAAAGAAAGGCGAGAAACUUCCAGAUGUAGUUCAAGAGCCUGAGGAAACCCAAAAAAGCUCAAAGAAGAGUUCCUCCGUGAAAGAGGACCAGAGAGAAAAGAUGGGAGGGAAAGAGAAGAAAUCCAAAGGUGACGAGAAAAAAAAAAAGAAGAAAGAGGCUGAGUCAGAGGAACAAGGAGAGGAGGAAGAGGAUUCUCAGAAGAAAAAGAAAGAGAAAAAGUCCAAGAAAGCCUCGGCCGAAAGCGACGAGGACAACAAAAAAGGGAAAGGCAAAAAGAAGAAAUCGAAGCAAGUGGACUACGUGGAAAUCUAUGAGAAUGAGCUGAGGAACUAUAAGCCUGAGGCAGUGGAGAGCUAUGAGGAUGAGUACCAUAAGAAAAAAGUAUAUGAAGUCGUCACCAUCACUGGAGAUGUGGCUGGUGCAGGCACAGAUGCCAAUGUCUUUAUCACUCUCUUUGGUGACUAUGGCAUCACACCCAAGCUUCAUCUCGCCAGCAACACAGAAAAGAGGAACAGAACAGCCUUCGAAAGACACAAAACAGAUGUCUUCAGAAUAAGAACUCACAAUGUGGGGCCUUUAAAAAAGAUACGGAUUGAACAUGAUAACACAGGCUUGAAUGCCAGCUGGUUCUUGGACAGGGUGGUGGUGACAGAUAUGAACAGGCCUCACUUGCGUUUCUAUUUUGCCUGUAACAACUGGCUGAGUAAAAAAGAAGGAGAUGGACUUUUUGUGCGUGACCUGCUGGGCAGUCUUGACCCAAUGGACAUGCCUAAAUAUAACAAGUAUGUUGUGAGUGUAUUCACAGCAGAUGUGAAAGGUAGUGGGACAGACGCUGAUGUCUUCAUUAAUAUUUUUGGUGAAUAUGGUGAUACAGGUGAAAGAAAGCUCGACAAUGAUAAAGACAAUUUCGAGAGAGGCACUGAGGACAAGUUUACCAUAGAGGCUCCUAAUCUGGGAAAAGUGAGAAAAAUUACCAUUGGCCACAACAACAAAGGAUCAUCGUCUGGAUGGUUUGUGGAAAAGGUGAUACUGGACGACCUUGGAAACAAAGAGCUGUAUGAGUUCCCUGUGAAUCGCUGGUUUGCCAUCGAUGAAGAUGAUGGGAAGAUUCAGAGGGAUAUCUUGGUCGGGGGGAGUCAGCCCACAGGCAUUGUGUACAACGUCCAUGUGGUGACGGGAAACGUCCGGGGUGCUGGCACUAACUCCAAGAUCCACAUGGUAAUGCACGGAUCUAAAGGACAGAAGAACAGCGGAAAGGUCUUCCUGGAAGGAGGUCAGUUUGAGCGGGGCCUGACCGACAUCUUCAAUGUGGAGAUUGCUGCCUUGUUGAGCCCCCUAAGUCGUGUCACCAUUGGACAUGACAACGGUGGGGUCAGUGCUGGCUGGUACUGUGAGAAGGUUGUGGUGUACUGCCCCUUCACAGGGAUUGAGCAGACCUUCCCAUGCAGCAAGUGGCUGGAUGAGAAUGAAGGGGACGGACUAAUCGAGAGAGAGCUGUAUGAGAUGGUCUCGCUACGACAGAAGAAGCAGAAAAAGCAUCCAUGGUCUCUCUGGAUUUGGACAUCGGAUCUGCAAGGAGCUGGGACUGAUGCUCCUGUCUUCUUACAGAUCUAUGGAGAAAAGGGCAAGUCUGACGAAAUGAGACUUGACAACAAAACCGAUAACUUUGAACAGGGUCAGCUUGAUAAGUUCAUGAUUGAGCUGCCAGAUUUGGAAAAGCUUGUAAAACUGCGAAUUUGGCAUGACAAGAGACAUCCAUUUGCAGGAUGGCAUUUAAGCAGGGUAACUCUGAUGAAAACUUUAACAAAGGAGAAAUUUAAAUUUCCCUGUGAGCGUUGGCUGGAUACAAAUGAAGAUGACAAUGAGGUUGUGAGAGAGCUCCCAGCCACCGGGGAACUCAUUCCAGAACCUCUGCCAGUGAUAAAAUAUCGGAUAACUGUUCACACUGGGAAUGUGGGUGGCAGUGGUACGGACGCGACUGUCUUCCUCUGUUUGAUUGGUGAUCAAGGGGACACUGGCAAUCGCUUGUUAGUCAACUGCAAGAACAAUGUCAACAAGUUCGAGAAGAGCAAUGCAGAUGAGUUCAUAAUUGAAGCAGUCUCCAUAGGCCAGGUUCGCAGGGUGCAAAUCGGGCAUGAUGGCCGAGGUGGAGGCUGUGGCUGGUUUCUGGAUAAAGUAGUGGUCAGAGAGGAAGGUCAAGCUGAAUCAGAGGCAGUUGAAUUCCCCUGUAACAGGUGGCUUGACCGCAAUGAGGACGAUGGCCAGAUUGUUCGUGAGUUAGUCCCAUUUGCAGACGGACAGAGACUCUACAAUGUCAGCUAUCAUAUAGCAGUGAAGACAGGCAACGUCAGUGGUGGCAGUUCAGACUCAAAAGUCUUUGUGAAGUUAUAUGGAGAAAAAGGCGACACUAGUAGAAUGAUGCUGGAAGUCUCCGACAACAACCUGGGAAACUACUUUGAGACAGGGCGGGUUGACAUUUUCACCGUUGAAACAUAUGACAUCGGACAGAUCAACCGUCUUAUGAUUGGACACAAUAAUGUGGGCAUGCGUGCUGGCUGGUUUCUGGACAGCGUGCAGAUCAUGGUGCCAAACCACGGGCUUCAGUACAUGUUUCCCAGCCACCGCUGGCUCUGCAAAGAUGAAGCUGAUGGCAAAACUGAAGUAGAGAUUUAUCCCAGCGAGAUUCUCGACAUUGAGCAGUUGAAAAACUAUGAAAUCACAGUGCUCACAGGUGAUGUGUGGGCAGCAGGGACAAAUGCUAAUGUUUUCAUCCAAAUCUAUGGUGACCAGGGCAAAACGGAGCUGAUUGCUUUGAAAAGCAGGUCUAAUAACUUUGAAAGGGGAACACAAGAGAUAUUCAAGGUUGAAGCAGCAGACGUGGGGAAGAUCUUCAAGAUUCGGAUUGGUCACGAUGGCACAGGCAUCGGCAGUGGCUGGUACCUUGAGAAGGUCGAAAUCAAGCACCUGGUCAUGGCCUUAGUGCCAAAAGAGAAGAAGGAUGAUAAAAAGAAAAAGAAAAAGAAGAAGAAAAACGAGGAGGAGGAAGAAGAGGAGGUUCAGGAGGAGAUGCGGGAAGUUGUGCAUACGUACACGUUCCCCUGUGACCGCUGGCUGGCUCGGGAUGAGGAGGACGGAGAAUUGGUGGUGGAGCUCCUGCCAGAGGACAACGAGGAGCUGGAAGAGAUCACGUACGAGGUCAGCGUCUUUACAGGAGAUAUGUGGGGGGCAGGGACGGAUGCCAACGUAUUCAUAAAUAUUUAUGGGGAAAAUGGUGACACGGGAGAGAGGCCCCUGAAGAAGUCUAAUCACCUGAACAAGUUUGAGAGAGGGCAGGAAGAUUUGUUCUCCAUAAUGGCAGUUGACUUAGGGCCGCUGAAAAAGCUGAGGAUUCGCCAUGACAACUCUCAGUCGCACUCAGCCUGGUACCUAGAUCGUGUUGAAAUAGUGGACACCAAAGAUGACACCACUUACUUCUUCCCUUGCAACCGCUGGCUUGCCAUAGAUGAGGACGAUGGGCAGAUUGCCAGAGAGUUGGUUCCUGUGGAUGAGGCUUUCAUGAGGAAGAAUGAGGAUGAGGAGGAAACUGGGGCAACGCUAGGCCUGGAACAGAAAGCCAUGUCAACAACAUACACAUUAAGAAUCAAGACUGGGGAGAAGAAGUAUGCUGGGACUGAUGCUAACGUCUUUGCGAUCCUGUAUGGAGAAAAGGAUGACACGGGAAUAAUCAACCUCAAGGCCUGCAAGUCUCAUAAAAAUAAAUUUGAACAGGGACUGGUAGAUGAAUUCACUGUGGAAGCUGUGGAUCUUGGAGAGCUUAAGAAACUGUGCAUUGGACAUGACAAUUCAGGGGGUUCACCUGGUUGGUUUCUGGACUGGGUGGAAAUUAAUGCCCCUUCCCAGGGACAGAAGCUCCGUUUUCCGUGCGGUCGCUGGUUGGACAAAGGGGAAGAUGAUGGUGCCAUUGUGAGAGACCUCUACCCUGCCGAACUGCAAACGGAGCUGUACACCCCAUUUGUUCCCUAUGAGAUAACUACCUUCACCAGUGAUGUGUUUGGGGCCGGAACUGAUGCAGACGUCUUUAUUGUCCUCUAUGGUCGCAAAGGGCAGUGCACCCAACAGAAGCACCUGUGUGUCAACAAAAGAGAGAGGCGCAUGUUCUUUGAGAGAGGAGCAACUGACAUGUUUAUUGUGGAGCUGGAGGAUGUGGGUGAUGUCAUUGAGAAGAUUCGCAUCGGUCAUGACAACAGAGGGAGCAAUCCCGGAUGGCAUUUGGAUCGAGUUGAAAUCAGGAGGCUUUUACGAAAGGGAAAGGGUUCGGAGACAAUUAUUUUUCCAUGCGAGCGCUGGCUAGCUAAGUCAGAAGAUGAUGGGGAGACAGUGAGGGAGCUGGUACCUUCUGAUAUUAUUCAGGAGAAGCUACUGAGGGAUGGAACUUUGAAACACAAUGAAACUGAAGUUGAUGAUGCACUGGAGACCCAUACAUAUAAAGUAUCUGUGAGGACUGGUGACAUGCAUGGAGCGGGUACUGAUGCCAAUGUCUUUCUAACCAUAUAUGGAGACCUUGGAGACACAGGCGAACGCAAACUCAGCAAAUCUGAGAGCAACACUAACAAAUUUGAGCGAGGAGCAGUUGACAAAUUCACAAUCGAAGCAGUAGACUUAGGUCAGGUCUUUAAGAUCAGGAUACGACAUGAUAAUUCCAUGGUUGGUGCUGACUGGUAUCUGGACCAGGUGGAGGUGGUUGAUGUGGAAACAGAAGAGGUGUAUAUGUUCUUGUGUGAGAGAUGGCUCUCCAAAAAGAAAGAGGAUAAAAGAAUCGAGAGAACUUUCUACGUCAAGGGGUAUGAGGGUGAGAGGAAUUCUCAGAACUCAAAGAAGAGCAUGAGCUCAAAGAAGGGUCUUGACACCAACAUGAACAAAAAGAAAAAGAAAAAGACAGUGGUUAUAGAUGAAGGCCCAGUGAUCCCAUACCACUUCACUGUGUCCACGGGAGCAGACCGUGAUGCUAGCACCACAAGUCGGGUCUAUGUGAUUAUAAUGGGACCCAAUGAGGUGGAGACGGAUAGACUCUGGCUUGACUUGCCUGAAGGGAAGAAAUGCUUUGGUGCAGAGUCCAUGGAGAAUUUUGUGUGUUAUGGGAUUGAUGUAGGUGAAAUCAAGAGAGUGGAGCUUGGCCAUAAUGGAGCAACACCAGAAAGCUGCUGGUUAGUGGAUGAGAUAUCCGUUGCAGUGCCCACUAAAGGAAUCAAAUACAGCUUCCAGUGCAAGUGUUGGCUGGCCAAAGAUCGUGGUGAUGGUCUUACAGCCAGGGUGUUCAAUGUACUGGAUGCCACAACUAUUAAUAUAAUCCAGAAGGUAAUAUACGAGGUGACAGUUGUUACAGGGGAUACGCAGAAUGCAGGGACAGAUACCAACAUAUUCAUAACUGUAUUUGGGGCCAAUGGGACAACAGAGGAGAUAUUACUUCCAAAGAAUGAAGACAGGUUUGAAAGAGGCCAAGAGGAUACAUUCAACCUUGAAGUAGAUGAUAUUGCACCUUUGAAAAAAUUGCGAGUUCGCAUAGAUGGAACUGGAAGUCGUCCUGAUUGGUUCCUUGACAAGAUCAUCAUGCGCAACUUGAAAACAGAGGAGGUGUCAGUUUUCACAUAUGAAGAAUGGCUGUCCAAAACCAAAGGGCCCAAAAGAACCAAGAUUUGUGAGCUUGCAGCUGUGAUUGAUGAUGAGGAGAUGGUUGAGAAAACAACAUAUAUCAUUCAAGUUAAAACCAGUGACGUCUCUGGUGCUGGUACAGAUGCAAAUGUUUGGCUAAUUGUGUUUGGAGAAAAUGGAGAUACUGGGACACUGGCAUUGAAAGAAUGCAGCAACAGGAAUAAAUUUGAACGCAAUCAAGUGGACGUGUUCCGCUUCCCAGAUAUCCUCAGCUUGGGGGAACUCUCCAAGAUCAGAGUGUGGCAUGAUAAUAAGGGUCCUGCCCCAGGCUGGCACUUAGAAUACAUAGAUGUGAAAGAUGAGCUUAUGAAUGAAACUUUCCGUUUCCCCUGUGACCGCUGGCUGGCCAAAAAUGAAGAUGACGGUCAGGUCAUGCGGGAACUGGCAUGUGCCAACAACGACACUUUAGACCUCAACGACAAGACAAAAUAUGAAAUUGCCAUUACAACUGCCAGCUCUGAUGAUGCAGAGACUAAGGAGAACGUCUGGAUAGUCCUGGAAGGGAAGAGAGCACGUUCUAAAGAAUUCAUGAUGGAGAACUCUUCAAAGAAAAAGAGGUUCUUACGGGGUACCACUGACACCUUUGAGUUCUCCUCUAAAACUUUGGGAGAAAUCGUUGGUAUCUGCUUAGGUCAUAUAACAAAAGACAAAAAAGUAAAAAGUGAGGCUCACUGGCAUGUACAGGAGGUGGUAGUUACUGAACAAGAGCUUGGAAAUAAGUAUAUUUUCAGCUGUGAUGCCCAGAUAGCUCUUGCAUCUAAGAAGGAUGAAUUCAUGACUUUUGAGUGCACAAAAUCGAUUGAGAGUUUUGCCAGCAAGGUCCGCAGCUUGGUGCCCGUCAAAUACGAGAUCAUUACCAUCACUGGAGAUGUCAAAGGUGCAGGCACGGAUGCUAAUGUCUUCAUUACCAUCUAUGGUGUCAAUGGGGACUCGGGAAAGCGACCUCUAAAACAGAAAUUCCGAAACCUGUUUGAGAGGGGACAAACUGAUCGCUUUCUGCUGGAGAUGCUGGACUUGGGAGAACUGCUCAGGGUCAAAGUGGAACAUGACAACUCAAGCACAACACCUGGCUGGUUCCUUGAGUGUGUGGAGGUGACCAAUACAGCCAACUGGGUGACCACCAUUUUUGUUUGUGGAAAGUGGUUGGACAAAAAAAAAGCCGACGGACAGAUACAAAGAGUACUUUAUCCAAAAUACUAA